UCGUUUAUUAUUAAUUGUCAUUAUCAGGACUAAACUGCAUCCGAUCUCACGAUCAUCGUUGCCCCUAAAUACACAUGAUCAGGAGUAACACUGGAUUAUAAACACAAGUAUCGCGGUAACCACGCCCAGUGUUGCAGGCUUUUCAUAAAUGGGAGGGUCACCAAGUUGUCAGAUACCAGCUGCAAACAUGAAAGGUCCAGUUGCUGAAAUGGUGAAGGAAAAAAUAAACACUAAUUGUGUUGUAAUUUUCUCCAAGACUUACUGUCCUUAUUGCAAAAUAGCAAAGAAGGAAUUCGGUAAAUUGGGAAUACCAUACGAAGUUUAUGAGCUGGAUAAACAUUCGGAAGGAUCUGAAGUACAAGAUGUUUUGGAUGUCAUGACAGGAGCAAGGACUGUUCCUCGAGUAUUUGUUGGUGGCAAGUGUAUUGGAGGAGGAACAGAAACAACACAACUCUCAAAAAGUGGAAAAUUGCUAGACAUGGUAAAGCGGUGUCAAGAAGCAUCUACUUAACAUUAACCCAAAAUGAUGUAUUUACAAUCUUAAUUUGAAAGAUCUUUUGAUACAAAACAGUUGAAGUUUUAUAUAUGGAGCACUGUACAAGUAAUGAAUUUUGUUAGGCUGGUUAACAACCUAAACUUACUGGUACAGAUGAAAUGAAGCGUGCCUCUGUUUCUCAAGGUCUGGCUCACUGUAGCAUGACAUCACUCCAUAUAGAUUCUGUGACUAACCAAUUACUUUCUGGGUUUGAAUCAGGUAGAUGAUUUCAACCAAGUGUUAGGUCUGAUAUUGUGUAAGUUCCAUCGUUCAUCCUUUUUGAAGAACUUUAGAUUCAUUCAACUUUCUAAAUGGGACACAGGUCGGUGGCCUGCAUUACUGCCUAGACAAAAAGGCUGGUCUGCUUAAAUGGGAAAAAUUCUGUUACGGAAAAUAUACGAAACUCAAGAGCAACAAAAAUUUAUUCUUUUAAAUGGGUAACAGUUGUUACAAGAUUAUAUUACUAAGUUAUAGCAUACUAUCAACUCCAGAGUAGCAUUUACAAUGCUACAUUUCUAAAAUUAUACUAGACACGUUUAAAAAAGUAAAUAUAGAAAUAUUUUUCAUAUCACUUAAUAAUUUUUUAUUUAUUUAGUUACAUUUGUCUUGUCAUCCCUUUCAAACAUUUUCCUGUAUGGGCAAUCAAUGCCUUAAAAGAAUGAAUGAUGUAGAGCAGCUGCAAGACACAUCUUUUAGCAACUUAGGCCUUUUCUUUACAGCCUCAGGAUCUAGAUUUUUUUAACAUUCAAAACAAAAUAAGGAAUAUUUAUAAAAAAUAACCUAAUAGUUUAUUAUAAUGUCCAUCUGUACUAAAAUGUUUAAAGAAUGUAACCAUCAGGUACUUUUAACAAAUGCAACCUCCACAUAAACAAUUGUCAUUACAAUGACAUUAUUAGUUUGGGAACAUGCAUAAAAGUAAUAUGUAAGUUAUGCAUGUCAUUACCCACUACCCUAGUGGGAAUUCGUCCAAAAGUAGUUCAUGGCGCAGUAGGCCUGUGAGGAUGAAUUCUGUCCCAAGAAUAGGAAUCCCCAGAUUUUUAUAGGAAGUCCAGAGUUUCUUAUCUUCUGGGCAGGAGACUAUUCUCACUUGUGGUGCAUAUUUUUUUGGGGGCAUAUCCAAGUACUCUCCACCAGAGCACUCAAUGAUUUCUGUGGAUGAAACAGUUGUUAUAUUUCUAUAGUAGUCGCAAGAGACCUAGCAUCACUGCAUAAAAUAUAUAUAAAAAGACAUAAGGGAAAGUUCAUGAGAGACCAUACUUUUUAAAAGCCCUAAAUUUUAAUACCAUUCACUCAGAAAUGAUCCUCUGCUUCUAUAGACACUUAAAUUCCUAAUUGCAUUCAAAGGCCAAUGAAUGUCCACAAACAAGAACUACUAAAGUUCAUUCAUUCAUGUUAACUAAAAUUAACAGGAAUAUAAUUUACGAAGUUGUGUACAAUGUGUUCAUACACAAACAUUACCAUGUUUCUUCAUGUAUAAAAAUUAAACAUUGCAUUCAUCA